ACGUUCCCACACAAAAAAUCAAUGGACGUCCUGGGAUCUCAGGGUUGGAUUUCUCGUGGAAGGUUUCUUGUGGUCGAGCUCCUACUGUAGGGGCGGGGAGGGGGCGGCCUGGCCAUGGCGCAGUCCUCGCAGCCCAGCGCCUCGAUGUGCCACGGCAGCGUCCCCGAGGCGAAGGCGGAGGCCAUGGCGCGGUGGGCGCACCAGAGGCUCGAGUGGCCGCCCCCCGACGAGGCGCACCUGUCGCUGGAGCUCCGGUGCGGGGACGGCUUCGGCGUGCACGCCGUGGCGCGGCAGGGCUUCGAGCCGGGGGACCUCGUGCUCAGCGAGCGCGCCCUGUUGAACAUCCCCGAGGUCCCCGCGCAGCUCCGGCAGGAGCUCCAGCGCCAGUUCGGGCAGCUCGCGUCCUUCCUGGAGCCCGCGGUCGCCGUCGACUGGUCCCGCGUGGACGAGGACGUCCGCCAAGCUGCCCUGAGCUUGUUCUUCAUUCACCCACUGUUCAGCAGCCAGGACAGCAAGAUGGUCCUCAAGAACACCUCCGCGUGCGAAGCGCUCCUCGGCUUCUACAGCCCCCUGCAGGAGCACUGGUCCAGCGUGCGAGAGCUCAUGAACUUCCUCCACGUCGUGGACCUCAACAUUCCACCGGGACGACGAGAGCUCGCACAAUGCGGGCUUCACCGGCAUCUUCGUCCUGGGCUCGAAGUUUUCGCACAGCUGCAGCCCGAACUGCAGCUGGUCGUUCAGCAGCAAGGGCCGCCUACAGU